AUGCGUGGCAUCCUCACCCUUGUCGCUCUGGGGGCGGCGACUAUCCCGCAAGCAAGCGCCGCUCCCAAUGAUAGACAACAGAGCAUGAUUGAUCUACCCUUGAAGCUGUACCAGAAUGGUUUCAAUACGGACCUAGUCACUAUCGGAACACCAGCUCAGGCUACCAGACUUUUCGUUGAUUGGACCUGGAUAGGCGCAUACACCGUCUCUACUAAAUGCAACCAUACCAAUAAUGCUUAUGGAUGCCUUGCUCCUGGCCAGAAGCUCUUUAAUGAGACACAAUCUACUUCCCUCGUCAAUCAGACCAACCUAUAUCCAACUCGAACAUGGAACCCCAACCAUUUCUUCAUGGACAAGGAUCUUACCGCAGUAUUUGCUUCCGACAUUUAUCGCGUUGGUGACCGAGAAUCUCGAAUUACCCUCCAGCUGUCCCAGUUGAAUUGGAAGGCUUCGUUCCCCUACCCAUUCAGCGGAAUUUUUGGGAUGUCUCCCGUUUUUAAGCCAGACAACAUGUCCAUCCAAGCUCCAUUCCACCAGAUGUUCCAACAGAAUAAGUUCCAUUCUGGUCUAACGUCGUUCAUUUAUUGCUAUAGCGAUGAGCCAGGCUAUAAGUCACCACUAAAAGAACGGUGCAACGGAAACGACGGCAUUCAAACUCUUGGUGGAUACCAUCACAGGGAUAUCGGAUGGCGUGGAAUCGAGUGGAUCGACACUAUCGUCUUUCCCAUUGUGAAUGACAUCGACUUCAUCUAUAACCCGGCUUUCUAUAACUAUUGGUCUAUCCCAGUCACAAAACACUUUAUCGGUAAUGAAGAGCAGGCUCUCAAUACUACCACAGGCUCUGCAGUAGUCUUUGACCAUGCUAGUUACGGACGCGGUGCCGCCAUGUCUGUUGCCAGUUACAGGCGACUUGUUUCCAUUACCAAUGCCCAGCCUGCUAACCUUACGAUGGCUACCCUUCCUAACAAUGGAAAGCAAAAAUUUUACUCUGUUGACUGUGACCGGGUUGAUACUUUCCCAGCUGUGAAGUACCAGUUCGGCAAAUGGCGCCGAGUCUGGAGCAUCGAGUCCAGACACUACAUCUCCAAAGCUAAGACCAUGGAUGGCAAGGAUGUCUGUGUCCUUAACGUUCGUGUUAUUGGCCAAGGGGAGAACUUUGUUAUCGGAAAUCUUGGUGAGAACUUCGCUAAGGACAAGGUUAUCCUCUUUGACUUCGAGAAGAACAGAGUUGGCCUCGCUGAUUUUCGCGAUUAAGUUUUUUCCCAACAAUCAUCUCUUAUGUUUGACUUGAAAUCUACCUUUACUAUAGACUAAUAUCUUUGUCUCCAGCUUGCUGGUCCAGCCGAGGUUUUCACCCUGCACAUCUUUUAUAUACCACAACAUUGUAAAGUUGAUAGUGAACAUAGCUCUAAUUCUAUAACUCAACAUUUUUGCCUCUUCACUCCUUAAUCACUCAUACGUUGCUCCACUAACAUUAGCCUAAAAUCUGGCACUGGAAACUUCACCCGUGGGUGGAAACACUAUUCCUUUGGAUGCAGCCAUCUAGUCGGUCGAUAUGCAUGGCUUGUUGCGACUAGGUGAUUUGCAUGUAAAUCGGUAGUUCGAUAACGAGUAUGCUUGGUAUUAACCUCGCGAUUGGAUACACCCCUUGAGCUUCAUUCUAUGCCACUAGCCGUUUUUCAAAUAUUGCCUGUUGCUUUCAUAUAACUAGGUAUUCCGGCCGACAGAGGAGAGUUCCAUCACUGCUCGUUUUGGGAAAUCAGUACCGGUAGGCCUUCCAGAACUGAAAUGCAUGAACUAGAAUACGAGAUAACUGCUUAACUAAACAAUUAACUACUCUGGGAUUUAAGUAUACGAGCCUAGGGCCACGUUCUCAAUACUGUCAUUAUUGAACUCUUACAUAUGGAUCCAUCCGGUCUAUGAUUCCGGUCUAGACAAAUUAAAUCCUGGGAAAAGGAGGGGAGAUACAUUUUUU